AUGCAAUCUGCAAGCUGCAAGGCCGUGAGAAUCAUUGCUUUUUCGACUAACUACCAUGCGACAGGAGCUCUUGGUCACCAAGCUAGCCGGAAAAGGGCGCUAAGACAAAGCCGUCUAUCCAACCACCUACUUUUUUGGGGAAACAGCCAGGCCACCGUUAUCUCCGCCACUAGGGAAAGAUCUGGUUGUCACUCCUUUGUGCGCGGCAGUAGUAGAGGCAGCCCGGAGGGAAACUGGUCUGCAGCUGGCCUUGGUCUGCAUGCUUGCAUGUAUUUGUAUGAUGACGGAACGUCAGGCCGUGCUGACUAUCAAGUAAACGAACCCAUCUUUGUGUACUCCGCGGACCGAUACUGGAAAGAUCAAAGAACAUGGUUAUUUUUGAACCAAGAUGGAGUGAACGGAGUAAGCUGUGACUUGUCCGAGUCAUUCCUAAACCACGGUUUGAUGGCCGCUCAUCAAGACCAAGAGCCUGGUAGCCGGCAUGAACUAGUUGAGCCUAACGAUGCCAACACCGCUUUUGCCGUCGACUUUCGCUUAUUCGCAAUAGUAGGGAGAGGCCACCGGCCCGCACUCUGGACGGAGUAUCAUGACGACUCCGGUUCCUCUCGUCUCUUCCGUGUCCCUCCCCGUCUCAUCCGCCCUCCCGAACCUGGCUCCAUUGCGCUGGUUAUCCGUAGGAUCGCCGUAUUGGGAGAAUGCAAGGGUACUUGGCCUUUCCAACCUGCUAUACAGAGUACAUCAAACCUGCUAUUCCGCACACUUGAUUGCUGGGCGCGAUUCCUGAAAAGGACGGCGUUAACGGGCCUUCUCCUCAUCUCGGUCUCUGCAUCUAUGCAGGGUGGCGUUUGA